AUGUCCAAUCCAAACGAGAAUUUAUAUAUCAAUGAUGUGAAGUUUAAGUCAAACGUUACUCGUAUCAAUUCUGGAUUCAUCCUUUUCAAAUCUGAAAAAGAUUUUAAUUUGAAAUUUAUUGUUUUCCAACUCCCGAUAAAUUGUAGAUCACGAGAAUUCGUUAUAAAUCCAAGAGAAGGUAAUUCAUAUGAAAUUAAUGAUGUCAAGGCAAAAUUAGAUGAAAAUGCUACUUAUUGUCUUGUUAUUGCAGGUGAAAAUGAAUUUGAUUUAACAAUUGCCAAUAGUGCAUCAAACAACAAUGAAAUCUCAUAUAGUCAAUUUGAUCUUUCAAAUGGAGCUAGUAUUGCAGCAGGAGAAUCACGAACAAUCAGUUCCACACUUGGCGUUUGUAUUCGCUAUACAGACACCACAUCAGUUGAUUCAUCUUUAACUAUAACAAUUAAUAAAGAUAAUCAUAAUUCAGAAACGCCAUCAACAAUUUUUGGUCAUGAUAUUAAUGGUUUAGAAUAUAAAGCAAAGGACAGUAUUAAUGUUAUGGAUUUCACCCGAUCAUUAAAUUUGGGAUUAAAUAAAUUAAUUAUUAAAAAUACUACUACUAAUAUAUACGUAGUUGCGAGGUCAUCAUACGUAGUAUUCACAGAAUUCAAGGGUAUCAGCUGUAAAGUAAGCACUUUGGGAGGAACAGCUAAUGAUAUCCUUGGAUCCACUAAAAUUGUCGCUGUUUACUUCAAUACAUCUGGAUACUUAACAUUUCAAACUGAUGAAAAGACUCCUCAGCCAUGCAGGCUUGUAUAUUUCAAAACUUUUCCAUCAAAUUGUAACCAAAUUUUCACAAUUUCUGGAGAAGGAUCUAUUGAAGACGAAGCAGAAGGUAAUGAAACCCUUUGUGUUGCGGCUGCUUUCUCUUCCGGUACAGCCAAAAUUGAAGUCGAAGGUAAAUAUAAUUAUUACCAAGCAGAUGGAGUUACAACGCCUCAAUCACUUGAUGAUUCGGUUGACCUUAAAUUUACUUCUGCUGUCGCUGUUAACUUUUCUUCAAAUACUGAUGAUGAUGCAGAAUUUAAGCUUUCGGUCAAAACAGAUGAUAAUGAUAAGUCAACCAAAUAUGUCAUCAAACCUGGCAAUGAAUACAAAUCAUAUUAUUACGCUGGAAAAGAAUUUGGCGAAUUAAACGGAAAACAUGAUUCUAAGAAAGAAAAAGACAAUAAAGCAAUAAUGAUUGUAAUAAUUAGUGUUGUUACUGUCAUCAUUAUUGCAGCUAUUGUUGCAAUUUAUAUUUGUUACGUGAAGAAACGUAAAAUGAAUCAAGAAGCUGGCAUUGACACAGUUCCAUUAGACAAUUAUGGAGAAUUACAAGAUAAUUUUGCGGAUCCACUUGUUGAUGAUGCGAAUUAA